UGCUGUAACAGAAGUAACACAUUUAUAUACAGAAGUAAUAUCAGUAACACAACACUAAUGUUUAAUGAAUUCGAACCUUGCUAGAUUUAGAGCAACUUAUAUUUGUGUUCUAAAAGAAUUUACAAAUUGCCGAAACAGUCUUGGUUUUGGGUUUACUUCUUCUAGAAGGAAGCUAUCUCUUACCGACCGUUGUAAAAAUAGUAGUUUUAAAAUGUCAACAACAAUCAACUGUUACAGUAGUUCUGAAAAUGAAAGUUUCAACACUGGCAGUGGAAUUAUAGGCGGUUAUGAACCUGCUAAAAUAUCCAGCAACAUUCUGCCUUCUGCUAUGAAAACCAAGUUCUUUAAACUAUCUCACACAAAUGACAAUGAAGAUGUGAUUGAAAGUUGUGUUCGAAUCCUACAUCGUGGAGGAAUCGUAGCACUUCCAACUGAUACUCUAUACGGUGUUGCCUGCCUCGCCCAAAGCACUGAAGCUGUUGAAAAACUUUAUGAAAUCAAAGCUCGAAACCCGCUGAAGCCCGUAGCCAUUUGCGUUGGUGACCUGUACAAAGUUUGCCAGUGGACACGCUUCCCCCAAGGCCUUAUUCAGUCUGUUUCAAAAACCCUUGGUUUAGAAGACCAGUUAGACUGCCAGCGGCCGUCUUCACCUGGUGUUUUGUAUGGUCUUCUUGAAGACUUACUUCCAGGUCCAGUCACAAUAGUUACAGAAAGAAGUCCUUCGUUAAACAACACACUUAAUCCUAAAACGUCUCUCGUUGGUAUCAGAGUACCCGACCAUAAAUUCAUUAAAGAUCUAACUAAUCGUCUGCGUGAGCCUUUGGCCCUUACAUCUGCAAACGUCAGUGGAGAAGAGUCUUCCCUAAGAAUUGAAGACUUCAGAAGUUUGUGGCCCAAACUUGAUGCAGUGGUAGAUGACGGCGAAGUAGGAACAAGAUAUGUUAACAAGACAUUACAAUACGCCAAAGAGGGAUCCACAGUUGUACAGAUCUUGAAUGAUGGUGUCUCAUUUAAAAUCUUGCGUCCAGGGUGUGCGUAUGAAAAUACUGUUUCUGUUUUAAAGUGUAAAUAUGGUCUUAAACUCACAAUGUAGUUUUGGAACUGGAACUGUUUCUGAACCAGUCUUAACUGCUUAGUUUUUCUAGUAACUAUGUUUUUCUUGUUUAAACAUCUCUAAAACUCUGUUGACAGCAACUGUAAAUUUAAUACAGCUUUAAGUUUAUAUCAACUAAGUUUGUACGGCUGUAUAUAUUAAAACAUAUCUACAGUUAUUAAAGCACAAACUCACAGCAAAAGCAAACCAUUGGUGUGCUUGCCUGCUUAAACUACAUUACCAUAGUAUUUUGCUUUUCCUAAGCGGCUGAUGCCUAGUAGCACUAAGUCUUAUGCUGCACAUUCUGUUUCCAAUUACAUUUAGAAUCCCAUGACACAGUAUUGAGUUACAGAAAAAAUGCUAUCUAUUCAAUUAUUUUGUUUUCAACUCUUUGCAUUUAUGAUUUUACCAAUUUACAAUCACAUUCAAAACUAUCUUUUGUGUUUUCUACCUUACACCAAUACACACACGUAUUAUGUCACACCAUUCCAUGCCUCGAAAAUAAAAUUCCUGCCUUGCCUAAAACUCUUUAAUUUCAGGGUUUUUUAUGAACAUACCAGCAGAAAAUGUAUUGUAUUUAAGUUAAACCACGUUUUCACAUUGUUUUAUUACCUGGAUUUGUCAAAUAAAUAAACAUGCUAAGA